GUUCUUAGAGAGAUAGAGAGAGAAUCAGCAGUCCCUGUAUUCAAAUUUCGAAUCGUUUUGCAGAUAUAAUUGCCAUAGAAUUAUUCUGGUUGAAUGCUAUUCGACUAAAACCCACUGGAAUUCCUCUCUCUCUAAACCCCUGAUUGUAUUCUGCUUUAAUUGUUGGUUCGUUCCUUUUCAUAUUCCACUGGGUUUUUCAUCGUUUUGUUUGGUUUUUGUCGAAGAUAACGAAGACCGAUAGGAGAAAAUGGCGAGCAAUGGAAAUGGAAACAAUGACGAACAAACUGCUGAUCAUUUAUCAUUUGCGAGAUGCUAUCAGAUCGAAGCAUUAGAGCAAGCUAUGAAGCAGAACACGAUAGUGUUCUUGGAGACUGGAUCAGGAAAAACAUUGAUUGCCAUUAUGCUUCUACGUCGCUAUGCACAUCUUUUCCGAAAACCGAAACCUUUUAUUUCUGUUUUUUUGGUACCCACUGUGGUAUUAGUCAAACAGCAAGCUGAGGCUGUUAGAAAGCACUUGGAUCUUAAAGUUGAAGAAUAUUGUGGAGAGAUAGGGGUAGAUUACUGGAAUGCUGCUAAUUGGAAGAAGCAGCAAGAUGAAAAUGAGCUACUCGUUAUGACUCCCGCCAUUUUGCUUGAUGCGUUGAGGCAUAAAUUUCUAAGCUUGGAUAUCAUCAAGGUGCUGAUAUUUGAUGAAUGUCAUAACGCGAAGAAAAGACACCCAUAUGCACUAAUUAUGACGGAGUUCUAUCAUCGUGAGUUACAUCUUGGUGGUUCUCAGCUUCCCAGAAUACUUGGGAUGACAGCUUCACCCGUGAAAGCAAAAGUGUCAAACUCAAGUUCGGAUUAUUGGAAGCAGAUCGACAAACUUGAAACUCUGAUGAAUUCAAAGGUUCUCAAUUAUGCGUUUCUUUGUUAUUAAUUUUUCAAAUUAUAUCGUUUUCUUUAGCUAUGCAAAAUUAGGAUCUAUGCCUCUUUGUUUUGACCAUUUAAUGGUAUUAUAUAUUUUAAUUUGCUGUGCCAAUUUAUACGGCAUGAGGAGAAAUGUAGAUAGGGUUGUUGGUCUGUUUACUUUUGAUGUGAGUAGAAAUAAAGGUAUGAAAAAUGGAGGAAAAUGAGGUAAACAUGGAAAAACUUGUAUUUUUGGUUGUCCAAAUCAUACUUGUAUACUUUGUAAACAGAACUCUCUCUGGGUCUGUUUGGUAGCAACUUAAUGAUCUUAAUGGAACUCAUAGCUUAUUUGGUCAGCUAUACAUUACUGUUUGGUAGUGGCUUAAUGAUA